GACCGCGCCGCGCCACUCCGCUCCGAAUCCCGACCCGAGCCGGGGCCUCUCUUCAGACGAGUGGGCCCAGGAUGCUGCACGGCCCGGCCCAUUCGCCUCCGCCGGCCGCCGCCGCCGUCGCCGUCGCCGGCGGCGGCGGCGGGGAGCCGCUGGUGGUGACGCUCAACUGCCUGGAGGACCCGUCGAUGGAGCAGGAGGUGCUCGCGGGGGCGGCGGCGGUGGAGCACGCCCCGCUCUCCGCGCUUUCAUCCGGGCGCGUCGAGGCCGCCGCCGCCGUGCUCCUCACCUCGCUCGCGUUCCUCCCGCGCGCCGCGCAGCGGCGGCUCCGCCCCUGGCAGCUGAUCCUCUGCCUCGGUUCCCCCGACCGCGCCGCGGACGCCGCCGUGGCCGCGGAGCUCGGGCUCCGCCUGGUCCACGUCGACGCCAACCGCGCCGAGGAGGUAGCCGACACCGUCAUGGCGCUCUUCCUCGGCCUCCUCCGCCGCACCCACCUGCUGUCCCGCCACGCCUCCUCCUACUCCGCGCCGCCCGCCGGGUGGCUCGGCUCCGUCCAGCCGCUCUGCCGCGGAAUGCGGCGCUGCCGUGGGCUAGUGCUUGGUAUCGUCGGGGUCAACGCCGCCGCGCGAUGCCUCGCCACCCGCAGCCUCGCGUUCAGUAUGAGCGUGCUCUACUUCGAUCCGCUCCAUGAGGCUAAUGGGAAAACAAAGCGGCCUUCUAUUUUAUUUCCUUCUGCUGCCAGAAGAAUGGAUACUCUCAAUGAUUUAUUGACAGCAAGUGAUCUUGUUUCACUUCACUGUGCGUUAACAAAUGAUACAACACAUAUACUCAAUGCCGAGCGUCUGCAGCACAUAAAACCUGGAGCUUUCAUAGUCAAUACCGGUAGCUGUCAACUGAUAGAUGACUGUGCACUCAAACAACUCUUAAUUGAUGGCACUAUAGCUGGGUGCGCAUUGGAUGGUGCUGAAGGUCCACAAUGGAUGGAAGCAUGGGUGCGUGAGAUGCCGAAUGUAUUAAUUCUUCCUCGAAGUGCAGAUUACAGUGAAGAAGUGUGGAUUGAAAUCAGAGAAAAGGCACUCGCAAUAUUGCAAUCCUUUUUCUAUGAUGGUGUUGUUCCAAACAAUGCUCUUUCUGAUGAUGAAGAAGAAAUAACUGAAGCUGGAUGUGAGGAUGAUCAGCUAGCAAAACAGGCAAAAGAACAGGUUUGCGAUGGUGGACAGCAGACAGAUGAAAGUCAGUUAACUUUAGAAUGUGACAAGAGAAGAGCCAUUUCCCACUCUGAGGAGCCCCAAGCUUCAGGGCAGUCUCAAAACAGAGAAAAUGUUGUGCCCAGAUCAGAAGGAAGGCGCAGCCGAUCUGGAAAGAAAGGGAAAAAGAGACCUGCUCGCCGCAAAUCACAACAGAAAAGGGACGAAUUGUUGUCAACUUUAGAAGGUGGAAGUAAUUACUCCUCACGUAUGGAUGAUGAUACUGUAACGAGUGGCAAGGAUCAAGUGUUAAGUUCCAGUUCACGAUUUGCUUCCCCUGAGGAUUGUAAAACCAAGCUGAGAUCUUCUGCCGAAUUUCCAAUGGAAAUAAUUUCUGAAAAUAAACUGACUGCAGGGCUUAGUAUAAAACCUCUUGAGAGAUUGAAAGAUGGCUUCGUUGUUGCCCUAAGGACCAGGGAUAAUUCAGGGUUUCAUGUUGCAAGAGAAAGAGUUGCAGGAGUUGGGUGGUAUCUUGAUGUUGUGUCAAAAGCUACAAAGAGGGAUCCUGCUGCUCAGUUUCUAAUUACUUUUAGAAACAAGGAUACUAUGGGCUUGCGAUCUUUUGUUGCUGGUGGCAAGUUAUUGCAGGUUAAUAAGACUAUGGAGCUUGUAUUUGCGAGCUAUUCUUUUGAUGUUUGGGAGAGCUGGACGCUGGAGGGGUCUUUACUGGAUUGUUGCAAGUUGGUCAACCGCAAAAUUCCUUCGGUUGUAUUGGAGGUCUAUAUUGAAAUCCUCGCAGCUGUGAGUGAAGAAGAUGGUGUCACUAGAUGGCUAGAUUGAUCCAUCUACCCCAGGAGCCUAGGACAAUCAAAACAACUGACUCAGUAUUGUCUUCUGGUUUGAUUUCCUCUCAAUUUUUCAAUUUUAGCUAUUCUUACGCGGGGCACCUCGCAGAGCCACUGCGUAUUCAAUAUUGUCUAGCUAUCUACUCUAUUGUAUCAGUAUUCAGUAUCUCAUUGCUUAAUAACAUUAUUCAGCAUCUCAAAGACAACUAGUGUUACUUGCUGUGAAAAUUUAUAGCAUAUCUACAUGCAAUUGCGGAUUAACCAAGAACUAAUCAAUCCCCUCAUUACGAAAUGUAGUAUAUACCACACUGAACUGGCAAGGUACACAUAUUUUCAGUGCUCUACUGUACUUUCUACUAGUAGCAAUUUAGCAUCAAUGUACAGUCAUUUCUUCUUCUUGGCCUUCUCGAUUUCUUCCUCCCACAGCACGGGCCAGUUGGCUCGGGCCUCUUCCAGCCCGAGCAGCGACCCUUCCUUCUCCGGGUCCCAGCUCGCCGACAGCGUCCCGAAGGCGAUCCCCAGCGCCGACGUGCCGAAGGCGACGAGGAUGGUCAGCAGCGGCAGCCACGACGGCACGGCGACGCCCCGGCCGCGCUCCAGCGCGCCGUACAGGUUGAGCAGCCCGACGCCGGACGCCAUCGGGACGCCGACCAUGAACAUGAUCCGGCGGAGGAUGCGGUCGAACACCGGCUGCGGCAGCUCGUCGUCGUCCUCGUCCACCUCGCCGCCGCUCUUGACGUCCAGCGCUUCCAGCACCAUCUGCCGCUGCUCCUGCUCCUUCUCCUGCCGCCGCAUCCGCUGCUUCUCCUUGCGGCUCUUCUUCUUGGAAGGCGAUUUGGCUGUGGUGGUGCUCUCGGUGUCCGUGACGGCGGAGGAGCCGAUGGCGCCGCCGCUGCCGGCGGCUUGUAGCCGCCGGAGUGGGGCUCGCCGUCGCUGGGGGAGUGCCACGUGAGGCGGCGAGAGGUUGGUUGUGGAGGUGUGCGUCCACGGGUGCGGUCUCGUGGUGGUUUGAGGUGGCUGGAGUGGUGUCUGGUGGAGCAAGGCUGCCAUUGCCGGCGGAUGGUGGUUUCGCUGGUUUGGUCGAUCGGAGACGACGAGACGAGCGCACUCUGCUAUGAUGUUUGAGAGUUUCAGUGUGAUUUAAGAGCCUUGUCGCCUAGAGCGAGUGGUGGCGCGUGAAUGCGCUUUAGAUAUGCUUUUGGAUAUGGACCGGCCACACGAGAAAUAUCUUUCCCAACCGGAUGGUCACCGGGGCCCACUGUACAGUAGCGAGAAUACACUUUCCACUCUGUCAGCAAGGGUGAACCCUCAUGUCAGUGGUGUAGAAGCACUCCUAGCUGGCACUUCUGAUC